AUGGAGUUUCAAAGAUUGUCGUCUGGAUAUCCUCGUUCAUUUUACAAGGCAUUUGAUACAGUUGGCGAAAUAAAGGGCCCUAUAGCAUCCAUUUGUGGUGUUCCUCGCCACUGUGUAGACAUCGUUGAUCUUGAGGAGGGGCUAAUGUACGAAAAUAGUAGAGGCAUCCUGAACCUUCCUCGCCCUAUCCAAGUGAUGGUCGGGGCUAAUGAGAGGCGUAUUCCAUUUUACCUAGUGACGACUGAAGUUGAUAUGAUAGAGCAGGACCCUGAUGACGAGGAACCAAGGCUUAAGAUGUCAUGUGGACAUGCUAUUACACCAUACAACUUAUUUGGACACAUGAAACAUACGCUGAUGAACAAAGUUAGCCAUUCUGUUUGCUGCCUUACUCCAGGUUGUCUUCAAGAAUGGAGCUUUCGAGAAGUAGCACAGAAAGCUGAUAUGACAGACGAUGAAAGGAUUUUCUUUGAAUAUAAAAUAUCUUUAAAUUCUAUUCUUCAAGACAACGGUGAGACAUCUGAAUGUCCGAAUUGUGGCCAAUUUUGUCAACGUCAACAAAAUACCAAAGCUGUUCAUUGUACCCGCUGUGUAUCAAAGGGAUUUGAUAAACAGUUUGAUUUUUGCUGGGAUUGUAAAUCUCCAUGGGUUCCAAAUCAUAUCUGUGGAAACCGAGACCUGGAAGCUAUACAAAAAAUCCUAAAUGACGCACCAAAGAAAACUUUAGAUUAUUCCAAAAUUGAGAAUGUGCCUUCAAAAAGACUUUGUCCAGGCUGCAAAACUUUAAUUGAACAUGAAAAACUUUGCAAACAAAUGACAUGUCCUGGUUGUAAAAUUGAUUUUUGUUUUUCUUGUUUGACAAUAUGCACGACCGGAAGUCUACGAUGUUCAGGAUAUAAUCAACAUUGUAAUGUAGCUCCUGUGCAGAACGUGUUUUUCUGAACUUCAUAGCAUUCAAUUGAAUUGGACGACAAAAAAAUCAUACCUAUUGUUAUCUUUCUUGCCAAUAACUUCACUUAAAAUGUCUCAGCAACAUACAAUAGCAAUAAAUAUCAUUUAUAUGCUUAGUAAAAUCUAUAAUAUAGAUUUUUAUAUAUUCAAGCCUGAAAAGCAAAUUGCAUUAAAUAUACUGUCCCAUUGCACUUGUAAGAUAAUGGGCAUUUCAUUUGGGAGCUCAAAGAACACAUUACCUCAAAUAUUCAUAUGAUUCUUCCUGCUUUAGUUAAUAUAUAUCUAAUAAAUAAAUUUAUAAAAUAAAAAAGUAUUUGUGUUGAAUAAAAUAAU